AUGAGUGCGGGGAAGAGCGCAGCAGCAGCAGCAGCAGCAGCGGGGGCGCGGCGCUUUCGCCUGCGGCGGAAGAACAAACGGGCCAUCGCGCUGAAGCGGCAGGCCCAGGGCCGCAGCAGCAGCAAACUGCGCAGCAGCAUAACUCCGGGAACAGUUUUGAUUCUGCUGAGCAGCGGCUUCCGCGGCAAACGCGUGGUGUGUCUGCAGCAGCAGCAGCCCUCCGGGCUGCUGCUGGUCACCGGCCCCUUUGCUGUCAACGGAGUCCCGCUGCGCCGCGUCAACCCCCGCUAUGUCAUUGCCACCAGCAGCAAAAUAAACAUUUCCGAAGUGGACUUGAGUGGAGUGCAGCAGGAGAUGUUUGUGCGCAGCAGCAGCGAGAAGCGCGCGCAGCGCAAGCUGCGCAGCAAAGACGACACUUCGCUCUUCGUGCAGCAGGACGCAGCGCAGCAGCAGCAGCAGCUCCCCGAGGCCCGCAAGCUGCUGCAGCAGCAAAUCGACAAACCCAUUCUUGCUGCUCUCAACAAAGACCCGCUCCUCAAGCAGUACCUCAAGACCCGCUUCACUCUCCGCGCCAACAUGGCCCCCCACGCCAUGAAGUUCUGA